CUGAAAUAUUAAGUUUCAUAUCGAGUAAAUAGAACUAUAUAAUUAAUUAGAGCAUCUCAAACUCCUUCUCUGGAACUGGCUCUUCCUCUACCUUCGCUUGUUUCUCUUCUUUUCUGGAACUCCAUUUCUCCAAAGCAGGAAUAACAAAUCCGGUCCACACAAGCAGGGCACACGUAAAUCCGAUACUGUAGUAGAAUCCAUGCGUCGAUCCGUACACAGGAGCCUCGCCCGAUGGGAACAGGUGCUGCUGGAAUGGAGUCACCACGGCUUGACCCACCACAAUCAUCGAAGGAAUGGUGACUGCACGCAAAAUUGGGUUCUUUCCGCAUGCAACAUUACACCAACCAGUGAGGAUUGGUGUGUAACAACCGUACACUCCGCUCAAAAUGUAGCCAGCCUUACGAAGUGGUAUGUUGUCGAGGGGACCUUUGGCGGUGAUCAAGAAUGAGGCCAGAAGAAUGAGACCAACUCCCGCACACACCCAGCUUCUGUUUCCGGUCAAAUCGCAGAUAACACCGGUCGAAAACAUUGUCACCAAGUUGACAGCGGAGAUGAUGGUUGGGAAGUUAUUGAUAUAACUGACAGAGUAGAUCUUGAGCCACUUGAGGUACAAUUCGAAAAAUUGCAACAUGUAGGAUCCUGCAGUAAGCGUCCAGAAACAGUAGCCAAUACAGAAAGCCCAUAAUUGCCAAGAAAGGAGCACAGGCUUGAUUUCUUUCAAAGAGAACGUGAUUCUCUUAGACACUCUGCCGUCCUCGACCAAUCUUUCUUUUGCACGAGUUCUUUCCCAAUCGUUGAGGUAGAAAGCGGUAGUGUUGUGAGGAUAGUCAGGCAAGAAAAGGUAUCCAUAUAUGAUGACCGGAGCUCCGAUAAGAGCAUCGAUGAUGAACAUCCAUUGCCAAGCAGCUAGACCACGCUUACCAUCCAUCGAGGACUGCAGACCCGACUGGAUGUAGGAAGAAGUGGCCUGGCCAAUGAUACCAGCCAGAACGAAAAAGUUCGACCGCCUCAUAAUCUCACGCUUUUUGUACCAGCAUCCAAUCAUGUAGUGCGUUCCUGGGUUACAGGAUGACUCAAACAGACCGAUCAAAAAUCUCAGCGCGUAUAUCGUUUCUGCGUUUUUGGCCAGGUAAAUAAACAGGACACAGAGAGACCACAACAGGUCGAGCGUGGGGAGAUAAAUUCUAGGGCGGAAAUAACCAGCAAGCAAAACGGCUGGAAUGGAGCCGAUACAAAGUCCGAUAUUGUAGUAGGUGUUGAACCACGAAAGCUCAUUCUUCGUGAAGCCCAGAUCUUCCUGCAUUCCAGAGAUGUAGGUGUUGGAUAUGUUGGUUUGAUCAAGGUACUUCAAGAAAUACGCCAUCAUGGAGUACGAGAGAAUGAAGAAAUCCAGUUUCCAUAUCAGAAUCUUCUCUCUACGGUCUGUGCCUGGUUCAAACCAGUGGUACCAUCUGGUGGGUUUCGUUGAGACUGAUGAUGACAUGGUUGGAGGAGGAAUGAUUGUUGGGGUAUUCCUGUUUCUUCCCUUAAUAUAACUUUUUUUUUUUUCUUGGCCUGAUUAGCCACAUGCAAUGCAUGGCGGAGUUUUGAUGCAAAAUCUGCCAACUGUGGCGUCUGGAUAAGGCGACAUCGCUACUGAUAAAAAAGAUAUCGCACGUGACCCAACCUUGUUUGUCUACCAGUAUCGCCAUUGAGGAAGGGCUGAACAGCCGACGGCUGCCUCAAUUUCGUUUCUAUUAUGCAGGCGACAAAGUUUCUCCGACGUUAUUGUGGUAAUCUCCGUCAGUAGCCCCACACCUUUGCCUCCCAGCGUAGUCUUGAAGGUCUCAAACCCAGCCUGAUUAUACUUUUCCUCCAGCUGCCGCAAUUUUUCGGGCGUCGCUGCAUCAUCGUCAAUUAGCGUGAUCGCACAACCGCCCCCGCCAGCUCCCGUGAGCUUUGUUUGUCCGAUCUGUAGCUCGUCACUCCACAAUUUGACUCUCUCCAAGUUCGGGUGCGACACGCCUAGAGACACCAAAAGCCCGUGAUUCAGGCGGAUAAGCUCCAUCAGUCUGUUCUUGGACUGUUUGUCCAGGAAAGGGCGCAACAUCAGUGUGUAUGCCUCUCUUGCGAUGGCCUCCAUUAUAAAGGUCCGCUUUUUCACGAGAGACGAGGAUGAGUCGCUCCACUGUCCCGGCAACCCUGUGGUUGUGCCAAUAUCGCUCAAAAGGUACGGUCUGUCGGAGAUCGUGAACCAUCUAGUCGGCCUGGAGCAGCCGGUCCCAUUCGACUUCCUGAUCGACGGUACUCUUCUGAAAGGCAGUGUCGAGGACUAUUUAGUGGCCAAUGGGCUAUCGAGCGAGCAUUUUUUGGACAUUGAAUACACGCGUGCCGUGUUGCCACCACAGUUUCUUGCCAGCUUCAACAACGAUGACUGGGUCUCUGCGAUAGACUCUGUCGGGUCCAUGAGUCUUGCUGGCCCUGAAGGUGAGGUGCGCACCGCGCCAAAAAUCCUGACGGGCUCGUACGACGGCGUCGUGCGGAUCUACAACGCUUCCGGCAAAGUCGAAACCCAGCUGGUGGGCCAUCAAGCCGCCGUCAAAGCCGUCAAGUUCAUCAGCCCGUCGCGCUUUGUUUCCGCCGGCAUGGAUCGCUCGCUGCGGCUGUGGAAGGCCAGCGUCGUUGGCGACGAGGAAGUCGACAAGGAGACCCAGAACGGGCGCACCAACGCCAUUCUGGAGUACCACAAGGACGUGGUAGCAGCGCUUGCCGUGCGCAACACGCGCAUUUUGUCGGCCUCGUACGACCGCAGCCUGGCCCUGUGGUCUACCAACGCCAAGGAGAUGCACACCACCCAGCCGAUGGAGCAGGGAGCAGAGAACAACUUGUCGUCGGCGUCGCGCAAGCGUCUCAAACUCGCCGUCGGCGACGCGUCGAUCCGACGCAAAGCACCACUGGCGAUUUUGGAGGCACACCAGGGUCCCGUCGAGGCCGUCUGUUUCGAUGAAGACGACACCGUGGCGUACUCGGCGUCGCAGGACCACACAGUGAGAACAUGGGACCUCGUCACGGCGCGCUGCAUCGACACGAGACACACGAACUUCGCGCUGCUCAGCCUGGUGGCUCUGCCGCGUGUCGGGCUGCUUGCCACGGGCUCCGCCGCCAGACACAUCAAUCUACACGACCCACGCGCAGAGAAAGUCACCACCACGCAGUUGGUGGGCCAUAAGAACUUUGUUGUGUCCUUGGCCACCACAGACAACGAGUACACUUUGGUGUCCGGGUCGCACGAUGGCACCGCCAAGAUCUGGGACAUCCGCGCCAACAAGAGCAUCUAUACCAUCGACAGAGAGAGCGGCGAUCACGCCAAGGUGCUGGCCGUCGACUGGAACGCAGAAAUCGGCUUGCUUUCGGGCGGAACCGACAAAAAGCUGCAGAUCAACGAGCUCAAGUCAGAUAAGCUGCAUAAAUAGAUACACAGAUGUUGUUGAUUAUUUACAUAAUUUCGGGGGCACGCUUGCACGUCCACAUCUUCACACCGUAGUAGCCCUGCCACAGGCCCUCCGUGUCGGUCAGGUAGCCAAGAAUCUCCGGGUCAGGACGCUCGUCCACGAGCUGCCACCCGCAAACACGGCGCAGCUUGCAGAUCUCCUCGUGCGACAGCUCGGCUUUGGCUGCCGUGCCGUACUUGAGCGGCCCCACGUUGAUCCACAGCACGUCGCCGCGCGCCGCGUCCGCCACGCGCGUCACAGCGUCAAAAUAGUCCAUCAGGUUCUCCGCCGUGUCGAGGAAGAAGCACGUGACUAUAGCCACGUGGUGCGGCUCGUGCCGAAGCCGUGCUGCCGUGAAGCUGGUGAAGUCGCCCUGUUGCACAUUGAGGUUGGCCGGUCUGGCGCGCUGCCGCAGCUCAACUGCGCGGAACUGGUUCUGUGUCGCCACGUGGUUGGAGUAGUUGUGCACGUACGGGUACACCUGGUAGCGUCUAGGUUUGUCUGCGUAGACAAACUCGUUCAGCAGCAGCAUGUACCAAGAGUACUCCACGGAGACGACCUCCUUGGCGCCCAGCUCUGCAAUUUCGUGCGCAACGCGGCCGAGUCCCGAGCCAGGCACCACCACCGUGGUUUUGGCAAGGUCCAGCCGCGCGAGCUGUGUCCUGAUAUAGUCGAUAAUGGGCACGACCUCGCGGUCGAACGCAGGCGACCAAUCACGUGCAAAGUGGCAGAGGCCCUCUAUGACUCUGUGGUGAUCUGUCUGCGGGCUGAGUCUGGCCUGGUCGGCGGCGAGUUUGAGCUCGAGCGUCGAGAUGUUGUGCUCGCGCACUGUCCGGGUAACACAAUCCUGAAUCAGCCUGUAAUUUUCGGCCAGCGUCGCGUCGACCUUGUUCAUCUUGGCCUGGUAGCCCGUCUGCGCAAUGAUCUUUUGCUGUCUCCAGGACAUGGUUUUGUACAGUUGGCGCUUCUUCUCAUUCCAGGCCUUGCCGCGCGCAAGGUACUGGCGCAUCUCAUUGACAGCACGUAGCAGCUGCGAGCGAGAACUGUCAUGGGACACGGCGGCCGGACCAGCGGCCAGCGAGGUAAGACGCUGUCUCAGACGCAGAAACAUGGAGGAUUGCGAGAUCGCAGAGCUCGCAAGAACAGCGCUCACAAUAGUCGGCACGCGGCUGUAUGGCAGGAGCGUGCUCAAAAGGUAAUGUGCGAUGACUACCGUGCAAAGUCUGGAAAAAAGAAC